UUUAAAUGAGUAAUUUAAAUGUAUGAAAUAAUAUAUGUUAUUAUGUGAUAUUGUGGGGUCUUAAUGUAAAUAUUUUCAUGCAAAUUUGUACCAUAUUUAACAUUGUACAGUAAGUAAAUUAUUAGAAUAAACGGUUCACUUGAAUAAUAUUUAAAUUAGUGAGGUUAAUUAAUAAAGAAAUAAUAUCGUCUUUAACUUGUUUUGUAAAUUUGUAACAUCAGUCUUAUUGCUCGACCUCUGCUGAGUUUGAUGCUGUAUGUUAUUUUAUUGCCAGUUGAUGUAAAGAAACAGCAGUACAGUUUAUACAGUUUAAAUAAACUUUAUAUACAGUUUACAUAUAGUUUAUAUAUGAACAGUCACCUGCUGCACACAGAUGUUUUAGUUCCUGUUCACCUGUCGUCAGUCAGCGUGUCACUCCUGGUAUCCCUCCGCCCGCCGCUCAACUAGACCCGCCUCUGAUGCUAACACCAGGCGGGGGGAGGAGCCAGGUAGCAGCCCGACUGACACGUAACAAUCCUGCGUAAAAAUUUAAGGAAGAAGCUGCAUCUUUUUCUUAAGUUGACUCUGGAUCCCAGUGGCUGAACUUCAGAUUUGAUGUACAGCUGAGUGUCCCGGACCAGAGGCCUGUUUGUCGGCGGACCGAAGCGGGACCGUGAGCCGAAGAGAGCCCGACGCUCAAAAUGAGAUUUUCACUGUUUAUUUCUGUCCUGCGGUCGCUCGGCCCGGUGAUUAUCGGCGUUUCUCUGGGCUUCACGCUGAGUUUACUGAGCGUACACUGGACUGAAGAAGCGUGUUAUCUAGACGAGGGUGAGGAUGUGACUUCGGGUCAGGACGGACUCCUCAAAGGAGCCCGAAAACCAAACUCCAUAUCGACUGUCAACGAAGUGGAGUCGGAGGAGGAUUUCGAGCCGAGGAUAGUUCCAUACAAACAAGUCCAACCGAGCGCCCCGAAGAAAGUUUUCAGGGCUAAGUAUAUAAGCACGGAGCUGGGGAUGCGAGAGCGUCUGUUCGUCGGGGUCCUGACAUCCAAAAACACCAUUAACACUCUAGGGGUCGCUGUCAAUCGCACCAUUAGUCAUCACCUGGACACAGUGAUCUUCUUCACCGGCUCGCGGAACCGCAAAGUCCCGCAUGGCAUGUUUGUGGUUUCGCACGGAGAUGAGAGGCAGAUAUGGAACAUGUUUCAGACCAUUAAAUACAUUUUAGAGCAUUACAUCAACGAAUACGACUGGUUCUACUUCGUCCAAGACGACGCCUACACGGAAGCCGACAGGGUCAAAGCCCUGGUGGAACAUCUGAGCAUGGAUCGGGAACUUUACAUGGGCAGUCCUGAGGAGUUCAUCGGCGGGGAGAUGGAAGGGAAGUACUGCUACGGUGGGUUUGGGUAUCUUCUGUCGCGAAGUUUGCUUCUGCGACUCCAGCCUUUCCUGGAAAACUGCAGGAAUGACAUCCUGAGCGCCAGGCCUGACGAGUGGCUCGGAAGAUGCAUCAUAGAUUACACCAACAAGAACUGUGUCAGUGAGUAUGAGGGACUUAAGUACCACCAUUAUGAGUUGGGAAAAAAUUCUGAUCCAAGUAAAGAGCAGAGUGAACAGUUUAAGAAUGCUCUGACCGUCCAUCCAGUGUCUGACCCUGAACAGAUGUACCGGCUGCACAGACACUUCACAGAGAUUGAACUCCAGAAGACUUACGAUGAGAUUGCUAAGCUGCAGGCAGAGAUAAAGAAUGUGAGUGUGGUUGCUUUUGAAGGCAACCGAAGCGCCCAGUGGCCAGUGGGGAUCAAUCCACCGUUUGAGCCGAAGUCUCGGUUUGAGGUUCUGAAGUGGGAAUACUUUACAGAGGAGGAGAUUUAUUCGUGCAUCGAUGGCUCUCCCAAGUGUGAGCUGCGAGGCAUUGACCGCAUGGACGUAGCUGAUGUCAUUGACACAGCCAUAGCGGAGCUGAACAAGAAGUACAUGCCCACCUUACACCUGAAGAAGCAGCAGCUGAUUAAUGGCUACAGGCGCUUCGACCCCAUCAGGGGCAUGGAGUAUACCUUAGACCUUCAGCUGGAAGUUGUUAAUCAGAAAGGUCACAGCCGUUCCAUCACUAAGAGGGUUCACCUUGUGCGACCUUUGAGCCGCAUAGAGAUCAUUCCCAUGCCCUACGUCACCGAAGCUACAAGGGUUCACAUCAUUAUACCUCUUACGCUGCAAGACCGGAACUUUGUCAAUCACUUCCUGGAAGUCUUUGCCUCAAACGCCUUUGAGACCAACGAAAACGCUAUCUUAACGUUCUUGUUCAUUUAUGAUCCAGUGGAGGCGCAGCAAGUUAACCAGAAUGAUAUAUUUGCCAGUGUGAAGGCUCAGAUAAAUGCGUAUGAACGGAAAUACUCUACAGUAAAAAUCCCGUGGAUAAGUGUGAAGACGGAAACUCCAUCCCAGAUCAAAUUCAUGGACAUCAUCUCAAAGAAACACCCAGUCGACACCCUGUUCUUCUUGGCUAAAAUCACCACAAACAUGAAUUCAGAGUUCCUGAACCGCUGUCGCAUGAAUUCCAUAAACAACUGGCAGGUUUUCUUCCCCAUCCACUUCCAGGAGUUCAACCCCGAUGUGGCCUAUCACAACCAGCCACGUCCAGCCACAGUGGAUCUGGUCAAGGACGCUGGCCACUUUGACCGCAGGUCAUUUGAGGAAUCCUGCUUUUACAACUCGGACUACAUGACGACACGCACUCGAAUGGUGGCGGACGUCCAGGAGAACGAGGAGAUUCUAGAGAGCCUGGAUAUCUAUGACAUGUUCGUAAAGUAUUCAGGUCUGCAUGUAUUCAGAGCAGUAGAGCCAGCAUUACAUCAGCAAUACCACUACCAAGACUGCAACCCAAGACUCAGCGAGGACAUCUAUCAUAGAUGUGUUCAGAGCAACUUGGAAGGCAUUGGUUCACGCUCCCAGCUCGCCAUGCUGCUGUUUGAGCAAGAACAAGGAAACAGCACUUGAAAAUACCAGCGAAACCUCUGCUCCUGCAAGCGUUUAAAUGGAUGUUCAAAGAUGUGUGUUUGUUGUAAUAGCUUCUGGGUGCAAGCUAGAAUUUGGGGAGAAAAGGAGCAACACAUGUACUGCCACCCAUACGUUAAACCUGACAUUUUCCCCAAGUACAACCCAUGUUUGGGGCUGUAGCUAAAUACGGGACUCCACCUGACAUUCUCUAUCUUCCUGUGUGCAUCAAGGGCUAUUUGGUUUGCUUGAAUUCUUAGCGAGUUUGGAAAAAUGAAUGCAGUACUUUCCUAGAGAAACCCUUUUACAUAAUACUUUUCCAUACAGAAACAAAGGUUGGUGCUAGUCUGACAAAUUUAGUAGAGAACAGAAGCUCACAGCAGCAGAGAGUUUUUGUUCUUGUGGUUGAAACGUCCACCACACAGGGCUCCGUACGUAACCCAUUGGAGCUGGCAUUCAUUGGGAAUUUAUCCUUGGUUUGGUUCACAAACUCCUAGAAGAGGUACUUUGCGCUCUACAGUUUUGCAUGCAUUAGGCUUAUUUGGGCUAAUCUACUGCAGACAGCUGCUGAUGGUUUUGUUUGGGGGAGGGUAUGAAAACCAAAUGAACCAAAACAAUGAGUUGCAAUUGACAAAAAAAAGAAGCUUUAGGGGGUUGCUGCUUUUCAGUGGAAUCAAGGUACUAACAGCAGCAAUGCAUUUAAAGAAUGUGCUUUGAUUUAAUGUUAAUAUCAAAGGUACUUUAAUUUGGAGCUUCAGUGACUGGCUCUAAUAGAUUUACAUUGGUAUAUUGCACUGCAGCCGGUUUGCCGGUUUGCAUCUUUGUACAUGUGCCUUGACACUGACUUUUCACACGUUAGCUGUAUUGAAAUUAUCUUUGUAUGGAUGGGCAGUCCACCCUUGAGGUGACGCAUAUCAGAUUAUUUUCAUUAGAGUUUAAAUAUUGUUACAGCAUUAAUACCCGUUUGAAUGAAUGGGAGAUAUUACCUCUCACUGUGGAUUAUGCCUGUUACAGCUGGGAGAUAUAAGUGGGGUCUUUGGUAAUGUUACACUUUUUACAGGCGACUUUGAAAUCAUCCACAGACUGCACAUGUGCCUCGAACCAGGGAAGAGUUUUCUGGACACUAUCUGAAGGUCUCCAUAUGUACUAGAUAAAGACGUGUGUGAUCCAGUAGGCCAGAACUGUGUGUUCUAAUUACUGAGUGUUUCUCUCCUUGAAACUUUUUGAUGUUGCGAGGAAAUUUACAUGCAGGAGGCAAAGGAGAAUAAUGAAUAAUGGCAGGGAAAAUCACCUUGUCUGAAGUGAUUGCCCAGGUUUUUUUUUUCCAAGAGUCCUCCUUGAAGUAAGUGGUACUUAUGCAUAGAACUUAAUUAGCUUAGAAAUGAUUGAAAUUAAGAAUGUAUGAGACAUUUUUCCACAUCACCAAGUAUAGAGAGUUUAUAUAACCUAAAAGCAAAAUGUUUAGCUGUUCCAAAGUAUGUUGGACUGUAUUGUUAAAGAUUUUCUAAGUCAUUGAAUGGUGUCAUUGUCCUCCGUUUAGUGAGCUCAGUGGUAGGAAUGGCUGCUUUCUCCCAGCUGUAGUAAAACCCUCUGGGAGGUCUUUUCUGCAUCACUGAGAGGUAGUGGAGGUAGCGGUACUGGACACCAGAGAGUUAUUAGUAUAUUCUAAUGUGCAAUACUACAGAUAACACAGCUCGAUAGACGUCCGCGGAGGACAGGACUUGGACUUCUCAUUUCAAAGACAUUUGCCUCAAAUACAGCAGUGUGUGUAUCAAAGUACUGUUUAUGACUCAUACUUUCUGUUUAAUGCUAAGUGAAUACACUGUAAUUUCUCUUGACAAGACCUUUUAUGUAUUUUGCUGACACUAGACACUUUUUGUCAUCAAAUGUACUUUGAAAUACAUAAAAUUAAGGCAAGUCCUCUUAUUUAUCUGCAAUUGGAUUUAAUGCGUAUGCUGGAAACACUACAUCCACAGUGGUGGUCCUAAACAGUCUUUGCUGUGUUUUCUGCCAUGUGAACACAAACCGUUGAGGUCAGGUUUUUGCUGAGUUUUUCAUUCAUUUUCUAACGCAUCUCUUUCUUAUUGAGAGCAGUCUUUCACUGUGACAGUGCACCAGCUGACGUGGUAUGAAUGUUCUUCGAAGAGUACGAUGCUAAUAACGCGCGGGAUUGGAAAAAUGAAUCUUAACCACUGUGAAACAUGGAGGGCUGAGAUUACAGUAUGAAGUUAAUGUGGUGAUCUGCGUUGUCUUUGCCUUCUGUAGACACGAGAAGCCUAAAAUUAUGGGAGCGGCAGAUUAAUCAUCCUGUGUUGUUGAACACAGCCACCAUUGCUGAGCGAAGGCUCUUAAGUAUUUUGUCCAUAAUUUAUUUAUCUGUCAUAUCUCCUGAAUUAUGCAGAUUCUAAAUACUUCUGCACCAACUGAGGCUUUCUUGACAUUCUCUGUACAUGUAUAAAUAUUUUAUAGACACUAUUUUUAAACCUUUUUUUUUUUAGCUUUAUUUACAUGGCAAUUGAUAUUUUAAUAUUUGUGACCAAAUCAAACAUACGCUUUGUCUUUGUCUUUUAAUGCUUUUGAAAUUAUGCCAUGAAAUCUGUGCUUUUUCACUCUCAUUUUGAAUCAAGUAAUUAAUUUAAUUCAUUCCGAAACACAGGUAAUUACAAAUUUUUGAUUUGCAUUGUUGUUUGGACCCAUUGGUUUACAUUGUUUUAUACACAUGGGUACUCGAUAAAACCAAAGCAAUACAUUUUGUUGAUGUUUGUCACAUGUAAUUGUGUCCUGUAAUUCCUAAUAAACUGUGAAUUAUAAUUUUUAAAUAAAGAAUAUUUGGAAAUAA